CUCGUAUAUUCAUCAACAAUAAGAUAUUUCGUCUGGCUUCAUGAACUCGUUGGCUUAUCCUGAACGCAGUUUCUCAGCGCACCUACCCACGUAUACUGCGGCAGGCAUGCUUAUUGAAUAUCAAAUAGCAGACAUGGAACCUACUAGUGCAGUCUGUUCCUUUCAGGCCACCCAAGUAUCGAGUAAUGCAUCUGGCAAAAUUGAUAUUCUUCGACGGGCCACUCAAUUUAUCAUCUGUAACAAGCAGUUUCUCUCCGAUGAUUUGAGGCUUUCUUUGUUCAACGCCUUCGGUCAAAAUGACAAUAAGUCUUCUGGAAUAGAGCGAUCUCGUACAAGAGCAAGAGAUGCUCGGGAGCGCAUCGGCAGGGCCACUGAAAAGGACAUUCUACCAACACCAGAAACCCUCUCACUCAUCGCGGAAAUCAGAGCAGCUCCAUCCAAAUUCUGGACAGCCAAAAUGAGAGUGAGCCUGGAAUGGGACGCGAAUAUCUUGCGCCAACUAUAUCACGGAAGCAGAGAGAAUGACCGACUUUCUGUAACCUACCGGGCGUUUUAUACAUCUGCGACAUACCUCUUUGUUCGGCUGAUCUGCGAAAGAUUCAAUGUGCGAAUCUUCUCAGAACGCGUCUUGCGCUACUGCACGACCUUGAUUGAUCCUAACGGGAAAGAGGAUGUCGAAUCCGUCAAAAAGAACCUCAAGGAUGACUACAAGGCUGGUCUCAUAUGGAAUACCUAUGCAGAACACUUGGGCGGGUAUGGCACAUUCUUCUUAAUUGGAGUAGCUCCAGCAUGGAUGUUCGAGAUAUCUCUCAACAAACGUGAUGAUCUUGAUUUUGUCGUUUCUCAUCUAACUUCGAUCAAUGUCCCACAUACUGCCGCACAAUACGACCUGCACGGCAUUGGUUCUCAAAUCAUAUAUGAGAUAACACAACGAGCUGGGUCAAUCCUAUCAUCGCGUCUAACCCGAAGGAACAGGAAAUCUAAAUCAAAUAAGUUACCUGGGUCUAGUCGGUCAGGGGCCACCAACUCUAUGGUGAUUUCAGACCAAAUACAAGGCCGGUUAUCAUCUUCUGACAUCAUAACUAUACCAGACAACAACUCCCCGGGUAACAAUCCAGGGCCCGAACAUCAAAGUAUUUUGAAUCAAUUACAAUUCAGAGCCGAUCAUGAUUCUGCGAGUAGCUAUAACAUGUCUUUGUCAAUACAGAACACCUCAGGACUAGACAAAGAUGUUGUCUCAAUCCAUAGUUUGGAAGACGAGCGUUCUACACUGCCUGCUUCAGGUAUACAUCAGGAGAAAGUCUCCAUUUUUGGACCCUCGCCGCAUGGUCAAACAUCCUACUCUCCAUCCUUCGAUAAUGCGGUCCGAGGAUUUGAGGAUGUGCUUUAUCACGCUGCAGGCGAGGAAGUGAUCUCCCAGAAUAUCGCUGAAGGUUUUGAGGAUGUGAAUGGUCACACAUUCGGGAUUUUAAGCUCCGGCAAUUUUUCUCAACGCCUCCCAGAUGACAUUUGCAUCCAAAGAGAGAGCAUGUCUAAUCUUUAUGAUAUCGCUCAAGGCUUUGAAACCGCACACUAUCAGACCCAAUUGACUUACGGUAAUGUGAUUCAAGGGUUCGAGAAUGGGAUUCACCAUUCGAUCUGAAUUUGAAUAUUAGUGGUACCUCGAUCUGUCUUCGUAUAUCAAAGAUAUAGCUACC